CCGGAGCGCUGCCCAAUGGCUUGCGCCGGGCCCUCCCCCUCGCGUGCUGAUUGGCCGCCGCCGCGCCGGCCUCGCCUUAUUAGCAAGUUCUCUGGGGAGCUGCGGCCCGACCCGGAGCCGGCGAGUGCGCCCGGGAACUCGGCCUGCGCGGCGGCGCCAGCGAAGAACCAGGCCCCGAGCGCCGGAGCUGGCCUUCUGGGGAGGGGCGAGGCGCGCGCGCGAGGGCCCGCCCGGCCAGGGCCCCGGGCGCUCGCAAAGGCCGGCCGCGCUCCCAGCCCGCCCGAAGCCCAUGCCCGGCGGCUGGCCCGUGCUGCGGCUGGAGGGGGGGCCCGGCUCUGCAUGGCCCCGGCUGCUGACAUGACUUCUUUGCCGCUCGGUGUCAAAGUGGAGGACUCCGCCUUCGGCAAGCCGGCGGGGGGAGGCGGGGGCCAGGCCCCCAGCACCACCGCGGCCACGGCGGCCGCCAUGGGCGCAGACGAGGAGGGGGCCAAGCCCAAAGUGUCCCCUUCACUCCUGCCCUUCAGCGUGGAGGCGCUCAUGGCCGACCACAGGAAGCCCGGGGCCAAGGAGAGCGCCCUGGUGGCCUCUGAGGGCGCCCAGGCGGCGGGCGGCUCUGCGCAGCCCCUGGGCGCCCGGCCGGGGUCGCUGGGAGCCCCGGACGCGCCGUCUUCGCCACGGCCGCUGGGCCAUUUCUCGGUGGGAGGACUCCUCAAGCUGCCAGAAGAUGCGCUGGUCAAAGCCGAGAGCCCCGAGAAGCCCGAGAGGACCCCGUGGAUGCAGAACCCCCGCUUCUCCCCGCCCCCGGCCAGGCGGCUGAGCCCCCCGGCCUGUACCCUGCGCAAGCACAAAACCAACCGCAAGCCGCGGACACCCUUCACCACCGCGCAGCUGCUGGCGCUGGAGCGCAAGUUCCGCCAGAAGCAGUACCUGUCCAUUGCCGAGCGCGCCGAGUUCUCCAGCUCGCUCAGCCUCACCGAGACGCAGGUGAAGAUCUGGUUCCAGAACCGCCGCGCCAAGGCCAAGAGACUGCAGGAGGCAGAGCUGGAAAAGCUGAAGAUGGCCGCCAAGCCCAUGCUGCCCCCGGCUGCCUUUGGCCUCUCCUUCCCGCUCGGCGGCCCCGCGGCGGUAGCGGCCGCGGCCGGCGCCUCGCUCUACGGGGCCUCGGGCCCCUUCCAGCGCGCCGCGCUGCCGGUGGCGCCCGUGGGACUCUACACAGCCCAUGUGGGCUACAGCAUGUACCACCUGACAUAGAGGGUCCCAGGGUCCCCUCCCUGUGGUACCAGCCGAUUCCUCCAGCCCCGCUCUCCUGCCAGCCGCAGGAGCCAUCCCCCAACGAGCUCCCUUGUUCGGCACCGCCCGGCUCCUUCCCCUUUAACCCCCACGCUGCUCUGGUUUAUCCUCGGCUGCUCCCUGCGUUCACUCUCCAAUGUCUGAUCCCCUUCCCCAAAGUGGCUGGAAGGGGCCCUUAACACUCCUCUAGAAUCUAGAUCUACGCUUUGUGUUACAGAUGGAGAAACUGGGGUUAGAGAGGUGUAGACUUCCCCGCGGUCCCCAGCACAGUUAGCGGUUGGACCGGCACUAGGCUGCUGCGUCCUGUCCUGACAUCAGGCAGGAGAAGCACAGGGAAACUCACGACUGAAGAUUUUGGAAAAUAAGAACAGUUGGAGAAAAAGAAAAGAGCAAGCCAGGGGAGAUGGAAACCCCGGUCCUUCCAUCGGAAAACUUCAGAGAUCUUCAACUGCAAAACGUCUGCUUUUGGUGGGGGGAGGGGGUCACACAGAUGCGUUGCCAAGGUAGGUUGAAGGGACCUCUCUCACCAGUACCAGAAAAAAACUGUAAAAUAAAAUUUAAAACUCCUGUUUCUAUUUAACAGUACAUUUGUGUGACUCUCACGAAUCCCUUUGGAAGGGGUUGUGUGUAAUAUACUGUAUAUUUGAAAUUUUAUUAUCAUUUAUAUUAUAGCUAUAUUUGUUAAAUAAAUUAAU